AUGGCCAUCUUCAAUGCAUUCUGCGACCGCGUUCCAAUCUUAAUGCUCGGAGCCACAGGUCCAUUAGACGCCACAAAACGACGUCCAUGGAUCGAUUGGAUCCACACAGCCCAAGACCAAGGCGCUCUCAUACGCCCCUACAUAAAAUUCGACGACCAACCACACUCCCCCCAGGCCGCAAUCGAAAGCCUCAUCCACGCUUACGUCGCCACAAAAACCAAACCCUCUGCUCCCACAUACAUAUGUCUAGACCACACCCUCCAAGAAACAGAAAUCAACGCAAAAGAAAUCUCAUUCCCCAACCCAUCCCGCUACCUCGACGCUGCAACUCACCCUCAAAUGCCCAGCAGCGAUAUAAUCCUUCGCAUUGAAUCCGAAUUAAGCGCGAGCAAAAAACCUCUCUUCAUGUUCGGUCGCCCUCCUUCUUCCUCAUCCUCCAAAAGUCUAAUUUCCUGGCAAAAACGCAUCCAACUCGCGGAAAAGUUCGACGCCAGAGUUCUCACCGACAUAAAACAAUCCGCGACUUUCCCAACUCACCACCAUCUCCAUGUUACACCUCCGGGGAUUUUUCUUGAGGAAGAAAGUUGUGAACAAAUGAGGGAAGCGGAUCUUAUUGUUUCUUUUGAUUGGGUGGAUUUGGCGGGGAGUUUGGGGGCUGCGGGGGUGGAUUUGGAGAGUAGGGUGAGGAUUGUACAUGUUUCGAUGGAUUCCGGGUUGCAUAAUGGUUGGAGUAAAGAUCAUUUUGCGAUUCCGCCUGCGGAUGUUUUUGUGAAUGCGGAUGGGGAUGGGACUGUGGCUGCGAUUCUUGCGGCGACGCAUGAUUUUCCGGACCGGAGGAGUCUUUGGCAUACUGCGGAGCCUUCGGUACAGGAACCUCUCGAGAACCGAAAGGAGAGUUCUGAUAACAUCUUCAUGUCCGAUCUCGCACACGCCAUAUACGCCACAAUCCCCCCCGACGAAAUCUGCCUCGUGCGCGUCCCACUAGGCUGGUCCGGUCGCGAUCUCCGCAUUACGCAUCCCCUAGGAUUCAUGGGUAUGGACGGCGCAGCAGGGAUAGGAUCAGGCUGUGGGCAAAUCGUCGGAACCUCUCUCGCACUACGCUCCUCUUCCUCAAACCUCCUCCCCAUCGGCGUCCUCGGAGACGGAGAUUUCCUCAUGGGUUCUUCAGCACUCUGGACCGCUGCCAAGUAUAAAUUACCUUGUUUGGUGAUUGUGGCGAAUAAUGGGAGUUAUUAUAAUGAUGAAAUGCAUCAGGAACGUGUUGCGAGGGUUAGGGGGAGGGAGGUGAGGAAUAAGGGGAUUGGGAUGAGGUUGACGGGGCCGAGGCCGGAGUGUGGGAGGAUUGCGGAGGGGUUGGGGUGUGCGGUUGUUAGGGAGGGGAGGGUUGAGGGGAAGGGGGAGUUGGUGGGGGUGAUGAGGAGGGCGGUGGAGAUGGUUAGGGAGGGGGGCGUUGUGGUUUUGGAUGUUGAUGUUAAGCCGGAUGGGUAUGGGGAGGUUGUGACGCUGUUCACUUUCCUUGGCCAAGCACGAGGGCGGCCAGUGGAUAAGUCUGAGCGAUUGGCACGUCACGCCGAUCAACUCCCGCGAUAUCUGGAUGCACGCUCUGAUGCAAAACAGUCCAGGGGUGCAAAGACUACGGUAUCUGCCAGAAGCAGCUUCACGCCGUCCCACGCUGGUUCUGUCGGUCCUCCCACCAACAUUGCUCGAUCGGAAGCUCCAUCGACCCCUUUCCACUCCGAGGAAUGUGCACGGUUUGCUUUAAGAUCUCUUCCUGCUCAGAGCUAUCCCCACUUCAUCUGUCCCAAGCAAGCGGUCGAAGCAUCUCUCUCGUCGAACUCAUCUCGCUCGGUCAAGGCAGCCUCUCACUUUGACUACCUGAAGCUGGUAGCGAAGGUCUGCCCACGUGACUACGCAAUCUGCUACAUAUUCAAGUACCUCAGAUUUCUCAGUUUCUGCGACCUUGGCAUAGCAUAUGAUGUUUGCUCGGAAUUGGUAGUAGCAUCCGUCUUGGGUGUUGCUCAAGAGCAACUGCUGUACUCGACUUCCGAGUUUUACCAGACUCAAGAUCCACCUAUCGAUUCACCGCACCAGCAACCGCGACCCUCUCAUGGAGCUUGUCAAAGCGGUGGCACUCGCAGUCUUGGCUUUCACGGCCUAGGAAAGUCGUUUGGAUAUGCAAGCUCUGGUCGCGGAACCCUAAAACCGUUUGGGCCUGGACGAGGGCGCCGUGGUCGUGACGACCCACCCAAUGGCGUUCCGAGGUCAGAAGAGCGCAAAGCAGGCUCAAGAGGCAUGAAAUGGAUUCCUUGUAUCUGUCAUAUAGCGGAGCCAAGUGUUUAUGGCCAUGAUACAACCAAAUACGAGUAUAUGAGCCAACUAGAGCGACACCUCAAGAGCCACAACAUAUACAUAUGUUGCCACUGCCUUGAGAAGUUCGACGGCAGUGAUAAAGCUGAGGCUAUCUCUUCAAAACAGCAAUGGGAGGCCAUCUUCCGGCUUCAGUAUCCCGGCAAGCCCAUUCCAAAUGGCGUCUUCGACGAAGCAGACAUCCUCAACCCGUUUGCAGAUUUUUCCCAAUCUAGUCCUCGGCCUUGGAGCUCACACACUGCGACUAUAACAUCAAUGGACGAAGAUACCAUACCUAGCGAUGAAUCCUCCCACACGAUGUUUCUCUCCGCAUUGAACGGCGAGUCGUCUAAUUUAGAAGCUUCUGAACACCGCGACGCACCUAGCAAUGCGCCUCUCGUACAGCAAGGCUGGCACUCCGAACGAGGUUCUAUCAUCGACCAAAUGGACUACGUUCAGAGUCUUGCCACUUCUGACGCGAACUCUGAUCAAAGCAUGGGCCGGGCUCUCCACGCUCCGCAGAACCAGGCCUCACCAUCUACUGAAACUGCUGCACCUGGACUGCCUACUGUUGCUUUGAACGAGCAGAGUCUUUUUGGUCCGUUCGCAGACAAUGUCGAUCCACGGGAACUCACCCGCUCCCUAGCACAUGAUGCAGCUGAGGAUGUGCGUUUGUUCAGCAACGAGCCAGUGCUGCAGUCAACAGUGACGAAUCUUACACAAGCUGUGCAAAUUGCGAGGCUCACGGAAGAAGUGCGGCAGCUUCGUCAAGAGCAGACAAGGCUUUUCCAAAUGAUGCAUGCACUGCAAGCAGCCUUUCCCGGUAUACCUUUCCUUCAUCAAGGUCUGGCAUGCUAG